AUGUAUCUCCGAAUUUGUUCCAAUUCCAGACUUAUUGGCUCUUCCACGGCACCUCCUCCAGGUGUUACUCUUCGCCUGCUAGCAUCCGAUGUACCCGACCAGGGCAUACGACACUGGGCGGUUCGCGCACUGGCCGCGGUCCCUCCAGACACCCUGCUCCAUUAUAUCCCCCAGGCGUUGGAGACAAUUAACUUCGAUCUCUACUUGGAUUACUCCGGAAUCGCUAGUCUCCUGUUGCAACGGGCCUCGUCCUCCAUGCGGUUUGCGAACGCACUAUUUUGGCACUUGAACACUGCUGUUCGGACCUCGUGCACCGAAUGCUAUUCCGCUCAGUCUUCGUUCGAUACCAUCAUUUGGCGUUGCCGCCGAUUCCUCAUCAUAAAAUCGGCUCUGAUGCACCUAGCCAGUCCUAGAUUACGCACAAUUUGGAUGAAGCAAGAAGAGGCGAUUGAAAAGUUAUCCAUAGCCG